AUGAUUGUUCAGACAGCUGCUGAAGUUGCAAGAUGGGGAUACCCUUUAAGCAUACAUGCUCUCAAGAUGGGUAUUUUCCUAUAUAGCCAGUCAGUGGUAACAUCUAAUGAAGUGGCCAAAGAAGGUGAUGAUGAUGUAGUGAUACCAUGUGACUAUUCAAAAUUUACCUCUACACCUAGAGUUAUCAUAUGGAAUGAAGUAAAUGAAGCAGGAAAAAGUAUUAAACUAGGUAUUGUAAAUGAUAUAAAGACUGUCAAUGGACGUUACAGCUUGAGAAUAACUCCUGGGAAUGCUGACCUGGUUAUCGCACAGCCAGUAAGGAAUGAUACUAAUAGAAGAUUUCAAUGUCAGAUACAGACACAAACUGGAGACUACAUAAAUUCUGAUUCAUCCAUCCUCAUUGUAUAUUAUCUAGAUAAGCCUGUCCUCACUGCCUCAACAGUUAUCGUUUAUGAAGGUGAAUCAGUGACCUUGACCUGUAGUAAACCUGAUGGUAACCCGAACCCUAGUAUCACAUGGUAUAAAUAUGGACAAGCACUCAGCACCACAGACAGCACUAGAUUUACUACAAGUGAAGAUGCACUUGAAAUACACAUUGAAGCUGCAACUGCACCUGAUAGUGGCCUGUAUAUGUGUAAAGCUGAAAGUGAUCAGUUCAGAGGAAAAGAUGGCAAAACCAGUAAUGAAAUUGACUUGAAAGUAAUAUAUCUUACAGUUACAUUUGAAUCAGAAGCUGGCACUGCAACAUGCACUGCAGAGGGUCAUCCCAAACCGUCUUCUGUAAUGAUAUACAAAGAUGGGAAAAUGAUUGAGAAUGGGACAUUUACUGCUUCUGUGAAAAUUAAUGAAGAGGUUUGUAAGUCAAACAUCACAUGCUAUGCAGAGAAUGGAGCGGUUAAUGCAACAGAAACACUGAAGACCUGUAACACAGAUGGUUCAAACUCUGCAUUGUAUGCACUUUUCAUUAUCCCUGUCAUAUUGUGGAUACUGUUUCUGCUUUACUUUAUAUUUUGCAGGAAAAUUGAGAUAAAAGGUGACGAUAUGACAGCAGUAGAAGGCGACACAUCACUUACAAUGAGAAAAAAAUAUCGUCCUAGUAUUGCACACUUUGAGACUUUCCAGUUUGACUUAGCGGUAAAAAGUGAAGAGAAAAACAAGGAGGAAUGGAAAACACAAGCAAUUGGUUCAGCUCCUAAGCUCAGCUUCAAGUAUAUUCUCCGUUGCUGUUUCUACUUAUGUGGAAUCUGUUGUAUUGAAUACAAAGAAAAGUAUGGAAAUGAUGACUUGGAAAAGAAAAGUAAAAAUAGUGAGGGUAAACAUUAUGAGGGACUUGAGCUGAAAAAAAAAGACUGUGAAAGAGGAAUUGCUGAUGGUAAGGUUCACUGUGGUAACAAUGACCCCAAAGAAGAAGAGGACUCUGUGAACACUUCAAUGGAGAAUAUCAACAAAGAAAGUCAACCACUGACUUCCACCUUUCCUGAUGAAAAAGAAAAAGCCUCUGAUCAAAGCAAAAGACACCAUCCUAUUGGAGAACCACAUCCUUCCAAUCAAUUUACUGUGGAUGCAAAUGGUAGAGGAACAAUCAGUCUGACGAUUUCAAACCCUACAAGAUUAAAUGAAGGAAACUACAAGUGCACCAUAGUGGGACGUGGAAAACCAUAUUCACACAAGAACGAAUUACAUGUACAUUGGAUUGAAAUGCUAGAUGUAGAUGAAGAAGCAGAAGAAGGUGAUACAUUUAAGAUGAGGUGCAAAUAUGGACCACCAGAUGCGUGCAUAUUAGAUUGCAUUUGGGAUAAGGAUGAUCCACGGUUUAAAGAAAUUACAGAUUAUAAAAUGGGGAACAGCCGUCUGGAGAUCCCUAAGGUGACAUCAGCAGAUGCUGGCAAGUAUCAAUGCAUUGUUAAGCUACAUGGUGGAAGACAGGCAAAGGCCAAUAGGAUGCUUGUUGUCAACAAAGCUCCUUUUACAAUGAAGAUUCCAGAUGCUACAACCAAUGCUGGCAUUAAUAUUGUCAGGUUGUAUUUAAACAUAACUACUGAAAGUAUAGUUGAACAGAAAAAAAUAGUAAACAUCAGAUGGUACAAGGGUAAAGAAAAAGAAAAAAUUCUAACUUCUUUAAAGGAAUCCAAUAGCAAAAGACGCUAUCAGACAGCACUUAAGGCGGAUAAUGUUUAUUAUUUGUCCAUCAAAGAUGUAACAACUGAAGAUUCUGGAGAAUACUGUUGUGAGGUGGAAGUGAAGGGAAGGAAGUUUCUAUAUGAUUGUGCAGGAAUUUUAAAGGUUGAAGAUCCUGUAUUGAGCAUUGUAGAUGAACAUAUCAAUGUCAUACAAGGCGAGGAUGUUGAUUUGUGUUUCAAGUUGUUGAAUCCCAAUUUUGAAUUUGACUCCUUUACCAUCUACAAAAUGUCUUCUGGUACUUGGAAAAAAGUAGCUGGGUCAGACGAUGUUUCUUAUUUAAAAGAGAAACAACAAUUCAUUUUUACCAUUACACAAGUUGAAUGUUCACAAGCUGGAUCCUACAUUUGUCGGUAUUUUACUAAAAUUCUUGUUGGUAAGGAGAGUGUAGUCUACUCAUCUGCAACUACUUGUUUAAGUAUUAAUGAAAAUGAAAGGAUUGAAAUGGUACAGAGAGAUGAAGCAGCAGAAGAUGGUUAUCCAUUUCAGAUGAGAUGCAAAUAUGGACCACUAGAUACGUGUGUAUCAGGUUGCAUUUGGAAGAAAUUUCAUGAGAAUGGAACAUCAACCAGUGUAUCUGAAGAUCCACGGUUUAAAAUAACUACAGAUGAUAAAGGGAACAGUUUGUUAAAGAUCUCGAGGAUUACGUUAGCUGAUGCUGGGAAAUAUCAGUGCAUGUUUAAGCUGAAUGAUGGUAGACAGGUUGUGGCCAAUAGGAAGCUUGUUGUCAACAAAGCAUAUUACUCAAUAGAGAUCCCAGAUGCUACAACCAGUGAUGGUAUUAACAUUGUCAGGUUGUAUUUAAACGUAACUACUGAAAGUAAAGCCAAACAGAAAGAAAUAGUAAACAUCACAUGGUACAAGGGUAAAUCCACAGAAAACGUUCUAACUUCUUUAAAGAAUUCCAACAGCAAAAGACGCUAUCAGACAGCACUUGAGGAUAAUAAUGUUUAUUAUUUGUCCAUCAAAGAUGUAACAGUUGAAGAUGCUGGAGAAUACUUUUGUGAGAUGGAAGUGGAAGGUAGAAAGUUGGCAUAUACUUGUAGUGGAUUUUUAAAGGUUGAAGGUCGUGUAUUGAGCAUUGUGGAUAAACAUAUCACAGGCAUACAAGGCGAAGAUGUUGAUCUGCGUUUUAAAUUGUUGAAUCCCAAUUUGGAAUUUGACUCCUUUGUGUUCUACACAAUGUCAUCUGGUACUCUUCAAAAAGUAGCUGGGUCAGAUGAUGUUUUUAAUUUUAAAUACAAGACUCAAUAUUUAACAGAGAAACAACAAUUCAUUCUGACCAUUUUAAAUAUUAAAUGUUCACAAGCUGAUACCUACAUGUGUCAGUGUUUUACUAAAUAUCGUGUUGGUAAGGAAAGUGUUGGCUACUCAUCUGCAACUACUUGCUUAAGCAUUAAUAAAUAUGAAACCAUUAACAUGUUCAAUAAUUUAGCAUAUGAUGGAGAAGAGAGUACAACUAUAGCAUGUGUCUAUCAUCUUGAAAGUAAGGUGAAUAUGAUAAGGUGGAUAAUAAAAACAACAGAAGGGAUGACCCGUGAGUUUGAAUUGGGAGAAGACGAAUCAGAAACACUACAGAACACACAGAAAUAUGAAUUUUAUUGUAGUCAAGAUUGUGCUAAAUUGGUGAUUAAAGAAGUGACAGUGGCUGAUGCUGGUUUUUAUACAUGUGAAGUAACUUCAAAAAAACCGCUACUUUAUCGUGACGUAAUAAUCAGGACAUCGGCAACUCUAUCUGUGCCAUUCCCUGUGUUUGGUUCAGCUAUAAAACCUGAACCUGGUCAAGUUUACAGAAGUCCUGCUGUAGUCAUUGUCAACUUGAAUUGUAUUGUAUUUUGUGAAGAGCAAGUUAAAAAAAACUAUACAAGGGUAUUGUUGCGGAGAGGUGAAUUGAAAGAACAUAAUAGAAUCGAUUGGGGACCUGAACAAAGCAUAAUAGACAAGGAUAAUAGAAGAUUUCAGAACUUGGUGCCAAUCGUGAAUGAGGAGGAGGGUCAUGUGAUUCUAAUGUGUGUUGAACCUCAAAAGGAUGGUUGUAAGCUUUAUCAAAUGAAGAUUUCUGAUAAUGGAAAAACUUGGAGUGACCGAACCAGGGUCAAUUUGAAAUGGCCUAAAUAUAUGGGAAGUGCCCAACUCCAUUGUAUUGGUCCAGGGCAUGGUUUGUGCUUGCAGUCUGGAAAAUUGGUUAUUGCAGGUGUUGUCAAGUUUACAAAGCAACUUCAACUUUGUGUGAUAACAAAUAACAGUAGAGGUGACACCUGGGAAGUAGUUCCUAUACCAUCUAACUUCAGACCUGAUAAUGCUUCCUUUGGAAGUCAUGCACAGAUUGUUGAAUAUGCAGAAGACCAAGUUUGCAUCACCUGUUCAUUGAAAAACUGCCAGCAACGCUUUAAUGUGUUCAGCAGUGAUGGAUGCAGAACCUUCCACAAGGCCAAGAUGGAACCUACAUUGAUAGAGGCUAACCCGGGAUGCCAGGCUGGUAUAAUUAGUAUCCCAGUAAAGAAAAGAAUGACAAGUUUCAAUUUAACUGCUUUCACAAACCCAGCAAAAGAAUCCGAGUUUGAAAAUUUGUCUGUUCGAUUUAGCAAAGAUGGCUGUGAAACAUGGACGCCUCCGUUACUGGACUUAGCAAGACGAUUUGCUGAAUCCAGUGAUCUUGCUUACUAUGAAGAGAAAGGCCAAAAAUUGGCAUGUGUGUAUGAGAAUGUGACUACUGUUGGGAAUAACAGUAAAUAUUAUUCCAUUUUAAUGCAGUUAAUUUCUCUUGAUGACAUUAUUACAAAAAUGUUCUAAAGGAAACAUAAUAAUUCUUUAAAUUUAGAUGAAAAUGACGAUGAAUAUUUUGAAUUAAUUUAAGGGUUUGAUGUUUGUUUGGUAUUGAAUAAUGUCAGAAACGUAUUUAACUGCUUCUAAUUUUCUUUUACUUUUUACCUUUAUGAAUGUUUCCCAGAGGGUUAAAUUCCAAAUGGGGUGACUUGCCUUCAAAGCAAUCAUUCAAUCAAAUUAAUUUAUUUAUCAUCAAACCUGAAUGAUAAUCAUAUAUCAAAUCACUAAUAAUAGAAAAAAAGGAUGUGUAAAAGGAUGCCAAAUAAAAUUUGCCCUAUCUCUUUAAAACCAAGCUGAGAUGCUAUCUGCUGCAUUACUUUUACUGAUGUUGAGAUUGAGAAGCUCGGGUUUUAACAGAUUCUUCAUCUACAGGCUUGAGUUUUAGUUUAGGAAUGAAUUUAUUUUUACAGAGAAGAAAAAUUUCUUGGAAAAAUCAGACGUGACCGAUGUGAAAAACUUCAUUGUUAACAUUUUUCAAAACAAUGCAACUAUCAAUUUUGAUAUUAUUGUAUCCUAAUUUGCUAUGAUUUUCCACAGCUUCUUAGGAUUGUUUGUAAUUUUCUUCAAUUAGGUUUAAGGAAUAUUCCGAUUUUGCUUUCUUCAUAGCUUUACAUACUUUUUUAUGCAGUACAAUCAAUUUAUCAUAGGGCAAUUCCAUAACUUCGGACGUACAUUUCAGACACUUUGUGAAUCUAUAUUUUCAUAAUGAAGCUUUCAAUUUAUUUUUUUUAAAGUUUGCAUUACAUCUACUGGUUAGUACUAUCAAGCCUACAAUUUUUAUUUUUUAACUCGUAUGCGUUACGGAGAUACGGGUCAAAAUGACACCGUGACGGACGUAAUCAGAGAAAGUGACUUUUCCUACGUCACUGUACUUUUUUUAAAAACUCUGUGAUGUGUGGGACAUUUAAAAAAAAAUAUUUCCCUGUUGUUUUCCACUAAUGUGUGGGCUUUCUAGCAGAAUAAAAUUUUAAUUAAAUUUUUUUCAUUUUCUCUAUGAAAACACCAUAAAAUUACUGUGACGGACGUACAAUUUUAUCGUGACGGACGUACUUGUCUGAAUUGUGAUGGACGUACACAUCUAAAAAUACAAAAAAAUCUACAAUCUAAAUUAUUUUAUUUAUUAAUUAAUAUACUGGUAUGCUUAUAUGAUAUAAAAGUACCAAAAUAUACUGGAUUUUAAACUUUUUUUUUUAAUAAUGAAUGUAAAAUACAAUUAAUUAAAUAAUUUAGGUAAUUUUGUGUCAAAUAAUCCUCAGUUGACCUCAAUACCCUAGUAGUCAAACCAUGUUUUGUAUGCAUUUGAGGUAAAGAGAAUAUUGACUUCAUAAAUUGGUUCAGGGUGGCCCUAGAAUCAUUUUGGCAUGGUAACACAUUUUAUUUAAUGUGGCAAAAUGUCAAAGGUCAGGGUCAAAAGUCAUAGUAAUAGGGCCCUUAUAUCUUCGCAACCACAUGUGGUAGAGAGUUAAGUUUGAUGUCAAGUUGUUCAAAACAUUUAUAUUUCUAUUUACCAUAAUAGAAUAUUUUGUUAAAAAAUGACCAGACAUGCCAUUUCUGACCUUUGACUCAUCUCCGGGUCAUAUUCACAGGUUCUCAUAUUUCCGUAACCACUGGUGGUAGGGAGUUAAUUGUGGUGUCAAUUUGUUCAGAACAUUCAUGUAAAUAGAUUGUAAAGGAGUUGGAUCUUAAUUUGUAACCUGUUAUUAUUAAUUAAUGCAGACAGUUAAACUAGUGAAAGAAUAUGUGCAUACUGUACUGUACUAGAUCUAUAAGCCAAGUCCUAGCUUUUAGCGUUAACUUCUUCAUUGUAUAUAAAGAAUCCUGCAAUGGGUAAGUUCAGAUUUUAAAGGUUCUGAAAUUAGAGAUUAUUAUAAACACCUGUAACAUUUUUGCAAUACAAGAAAAAUCAUAGUAAUUGUAGUUAAUCAAGAUGACUGUAUGGUUACUCAUGCUAAAUAAGGUGUCUUAUCUUACAUUAUAAUAAUAUCCUGUAAUUUGAAUAUAAAAAAAUAAUAUAAUCAUAUGUUAGCUGUAAUUGUAAUUACAGAACAUUGUUAUGAUGAAGUAGAUAGAGUAGCCGUGUUAGUCAAGAUGAUAACAUUAUUAUGUAAUUUGUGUAUUGCCUGCCUGGUUUAUUUUUAUUAGAUAUUUGCUUAAAAUUUUAGUUUAAAAUUGUUUUUUGUUUGUAAUGUAAGCCCAUGGUACUGAAAAUAUGUUCAUAUUGCACACUGUUUGAUAACAAUAAGACAAAAUAUGCUUCAGGGAGGAAAAUUAUGUAAGCCUAAAUUGAUCUCGACCAGAAACUCAAGUAUGGGGCUCAUACCCAGAAUUGUCCAUGUUGUAUUAUGUUUUGUGCACAACAUGUAGCCUACUGUAACUACAGACAUAUGACACAUUGACAGUUUUCAAAUUUUCACCAUAUUUCAUAGGUUAUAACACAUUUUACACAGUGUGACGGACGUACAGUAAAACUGUACGUCUGUCACGUGGUUUUGCUAAUUAGUGUAAUUAAUGGUAGGCUUCCAAUUUGCUGUAUACACUUGGUAUACCUAGUAUGCUUUAUAACAGAGUUUUGGUAAUUUCUUUGUACCUGGUUAGAAAAGGAAAUAAACAAAUGUCAUUUUCUUGUGACGGACGUACAUCCAUAUUUUCAUUAUUUUUAAAUAUUUAAUUAAAAAUAUGGCGUUAAUUACAAAAAGUCAAAAAAUUUCACCAAAUCACACAAUACAUACUAAUUCAUUAUUUUAAUGAAAAGUGAAUCAGAUUCUGAUAUUUUGCAAGGGAAAAAAUUGGAAAUUGAAAUUAUAACUACAUUUUCUUUAGUAUUUUAAAAUAUUAAUUAAUUGUAUUGAAUUCCAAUUAUUUUCCAAGUGAAUUCUUAAUUUUUUUUUUAUUUCACAAAAAUAUAACUCAUUAGCUUCAUAAUGAUGUAUCACAGAUACACAUUUGAUGUAUUUGAAUUUUUUACCAUUUGGUUUACUAAUUUACGGAAUUGCCCCAUAGAUGUUUGUUUUGUUCCUACCUAUCCUUAUUAAAAAGUUUUAGCAAACUACGGAGUUCAUGAAUUAUGUGUUUGAUUUCACCAUUUAUCCAAUAUUUUGUGUUGCGUUUUAUUCCAUAGAAUUAAAAUAAAUUUUUCUUAACAAACAAGGCCCGAAAGCCACUAUUAUCCAGCAAUUCGUUGUUAUUUCUAUUGUAUAGUUUAUGUAUGUUCCCUGUAUUGCAUUUAUUAACCAAAGAAUAAACAUCUGAAUUCAUACGGAAAAUGUUUCUACCAUUUCACAAUAAGCCUACACUGUAUUCACACAAAGUUUCCAUUUGAAGUAUAAUUAUUACUUCUGCAAUCAAUUGUCAGAUUGUCAGCAUUGUCAAACCUGGGUGCUUGUCUGGACCCACUCUAUGACAAUUUUUCGCAAAAUGCGCACAAAUGUCUUCUUCACUCAACCCGGUAAGAAUUAAAUUGAAUUGAAUGUUUUCUCAUGUUGCCAACUCUGUUCUGCUUCUUCCUUUUUAUAAAAGUGAAUUUUUUAAUGAUGAAUUACAAUUUGCCAAAAGUCUAUUCUUUUAAAUGAAUUUCUAAUCAGUCAAAUUUGUCUAAAUUUUUCUCAAAUUAUUGAUAUUUUAAUAUUGUCAUUUAAAAUUUUUAAUCUCUUUUAAAUUUAAGCAAAUUUUCUUCUUUUUACUUGUAUAUACUAUAACCUUUUUACAGUUAUUCAAUUAGGCAAUUGAAUGUUUCGUUUGCAGGAUCCCAAUGGAAAUAUGUUUCUUUGCAACCUUUUUGUAAUCUUUGCUUUCAAAGCAUUGAAAAUCAUUUUUUUUCUUUACCUGCAGUAUGAUAAUUUUACUUUUAAUAUGUGCACUCGGUUUCUAUUUCUCUAUCAUUGUCAAUUUACAAAAUAUAUUUCAAACUUCUUUUCAUUCAAAAUGGAAUAGUUUAGCUAUAAUACUGUAAUUUUACAUUACAGUAACCAUAAUUGAUGUUACCAUUUUUAGUAUUGCCAUUGUUAUAAUAAUUAUUACUUUUAUAGUUCUGAUGCCUUUGAUGUAUUAAUGAAGUAAUUUUGAACCAUAUAGCAUUCUUUUGAGUAAUUACAUUAAAAAUAGAUAAUGGUACAAUAUAAAAAUUUGAAGCACAUUUAAAUCUUAUCAUUUAACAAAUUGAUGAAAAAUCUUAUUCACCCAGUUUAAACUGUGUAGAUUUUAAUUGACACAGGACCAUAAACAAUAUAUUUGAUUGAGUAAAACAGUAUUUGUUCAUAUUAAUAAAAAUAAUUAUAAUAAUAAAACUUACAAAGUGCACUAUUCAACUGCAGUAGUACUCAAGCACUAUAUACAAUAUCUGUGCUAUUUAUAUUUUAAACAAUUAUUUAUUUCUAUAUUUUUAAGCAUGAUAAUUCCAUCUUUGAACAACAGUAUUGAUAUAUUCUUAGGUAUUUCAUUUAACAAUUUCAUAUUUGUAUUUGUCAGAAUGUUUUUAGUUUUCAUAUAACACAUUUAAUUAUUAUUUUAACAAUUUGAGUUUUGUCUAUUCUUACUGAUAGAAAGUUAUUGUACCAUUCACAUAAUAUUUUAGCAAAAGCAUGCCAGUGUAAUAAUCAGUUUAUAUAAAGUAGUGCAUUGAUAAUAGGAUUCUGAUGAAUAUACCCCACUGAGGUCCUCUGUCAGUAUCUGUUUAGAUUCAGAAUAGGAAUAGGAAUUGAUAAUAGUCGUUUUCUCUUUUCAAAUGAAAGUUUUAAUGUUCUUUAUAAGAACCAGUGUUUGUUUUAUCUGCAUGUUAAUUGUCUCAGACUUUUAGGGUUAUACUUGUAGUGUUACAUGAAAUAUUAGCUAAUAGUUUUUGAAAUAUUAAAUACUCUUAAUAUGUAGGCCUAAACUUAUAUAAUAAGUUUAUUAGUUUAUGUAUUGUUAGGAUACAUUAUGACAACUAAUUUGCAUUAAGGUAUAAACUUUAAAUUGCGGUGAAAUAAAAUGAGCACAUACAUAAAGUGGGCACAUGCAUACAAGUAUGCUUAAAUUAUAAAUUUAUUAUGAUUUAUUUGAUUUUGGAAAGAGCUUAUAUAAUAAUCAGUUUAUAAAGUAGUAUAUUAAAUAUAAAAACAAUAAUACAUUUUCUCUUUUGAAGCAAAAUUAAUGAUCCAAGUGUAGGGUCUUUCUAAGAAUCAAUAUUUUUGUUUUAUCUGCAUGUUAGUUGUAGGGUUAUAUCUGUAGUGUAAGUGAGUACCUGGUUGAAAUAUACCAUAAUAUAAUAGGUAAUAUAGGUUAAAAGGCGUGGAAAGGUACUAGCCACACAAUGCCGAGGCUAGAACAUAGGGCUCCUAACAGCUCAUUCUCCUAUGUUCAUUAUGGGACUACCUUUACCUAUACCUUUUAUGUAGUGUUACAAGAAAUAUUAGGAUAUAGCCUUUUUGAUAAUUAAUAAUUAGUUUCUAGGUCUAAGAAUUGUUAGAAUAACAUUAUGGCAACCGAUUUGCAUUUAGCUAAAACUUUUUAACUUGCGGUGACGUAAUGUAAGUCGUGCAAGUAUGGUAAUUAUUUGGUUCAAUUAUACAUGCAAGCUUUCUAGGCAUAAAUAUUGUUAGGAUACAUUAUGGCAACCGAUUUGCAUUUAGCUAUAACUUUUAUCUUGCGGUGACGUAAUUAUAAGUCGUGCAAGUAUGGUAAUUAUUUGGUUCAACUAUACAUGCAAGCUUUCUAGGUCUAAGAAUUGUUAGAAUAACAUUAUGGCAACUGAUUUGCAUUUAGCUAAAAACUUUUUAACUAGCGGUGACGUAAUGUAAGUCGUGGAGGUAUGGUAAUUAUUUGGUUCAACUAUACAUGCAGCUUUCUAGGCCUAAAUAUUGUUAGAAUAACAUUAUGACAACCGAUUUGCAUUUAGCUAAAACUUUUAUCUUGCGAUGACGUAAUGUAAGUCGUGCAAGUAUGGUAAUUAUUUGGUUCAAUUAUACAUGCAAGUUUGUAGAUCUAAAAAUUGUUAGGAUACAUUAUGACAACCGAUUUGCAUUUAGCUAAAACUUUUUAACCUGCGGUGAUGUAAUAUUUCAUGGAAGUACAGUAUGCUAAUUAUUUGGUUCAAUUAUACAUGCAAAUUUAUUAUAAUGCAUUUGAUGUGGAGUGGGGAUGGUGGUGAUGAUGAUGGUCAUAAAACAUCAUAAUUUAUUUCAGCUUAGUUUUUAUUCUUGAAUUUAUAUGUUUUCGCAUGCAGUAUCUAUUUCCCAACUAUAAUCCAAAACCGUGUUAAUGAAUGUUUCGACUACCAAUGAAUCGAUGAGUUGGUAUGGUUUUUUAACAAUUUCAAUUAUUUCACAUGAUAGAGUGGACGGUGCUAAAACUGGACUACUAUAUAUGUUUGAAAGCUGAAAUAUAUCGGUAUGUUGUUUGCAUUUUUUAUUGUUUUUGCUCUAAAGUAGGCCUACAUUAAAAUGGCAGUAGAGAAAA